AUGUUCUCCAAGUCAAUUGAGGGGUGGGAAACUGGUAAUGAUAACUGUUUAGUUCAUCCCACGACCGUUCGGGAUCGUCUAGCUAGGCUGUCACAACAUUAUAUACGUGUUCCAAGAAUACAUACUUUAAAUAAUACACCAUUUGCAGCUGAAGUUCUGGUCAGAGUCUUCGGCAUUUAUAUGGACGAGGUCCGACCGAGUUUCCGGUGCUCCGGCGGCGAUCGGAGGCUAGAGAUUGUGAGUGGAAAAGGGUUUGCUGGCAAUCUGAUAUAUACAACGAGUCGGCCUCGCUCGCCCCGAUCUGCCAUCGAUUCUCCUUAUGUGAGUCGAUCGAGUCAGGUCGCGAAGCCCUGGGGAUUCAAUGACCCAGAGAUGAAGAGAAAGAAGCGCAUAGCCAAGUAUAAGGUUUAUACUAUUGAAGGCAGGUUUAAAGCUUCGAUCAAGAAUGUGGAUUCGUUGGAUGAAGAAUAA